AUGGCGAGUAGUAGCGAGGAGAUUAUUCCGGAGACGACGACAGAAACGGCUGCGGCCGAGUCUUCUUAUGACACUUUUGUACAAGUGUCUAACGAAAUUUUUACUAACCCUCUCAAUGUUGUGCUUUUGAGUAUCAGCGCUUUCCUCUUAUACAAGAUCAUAGCCGGGCGACAAACACCUCGACCACGACCAGAACCUGAGGUCGAGCUGCCCCGAAUGAAGAAGAAAGACCUGACUCUGGAUGAAUUAAGGAAAUGCGAUGGCACGGGCGAGGACGGUAGAAUUUGUAUCGCAGUCAACGGACGAAUAUACGAUGUAACCCGAGGUAAGCAGUUUUACGGACCCGGAGGCCCUUACUCUAAUUUUGCCGGGCGCGAUGCUUCUAGAGCGCUAGCCCUUUUCACGGUGAGUGAAUCGGCCCUGAAGUCCGAAAAUGAUGACCUUAGUGACCUGACAUCGGCCGAAAUGAGUCGGAUGAGAGAAUGGCAGAUUCAAUUGGAAGAAAAAUACGAUUUUGUGGGUCGAUUGCUCAAGCCCGGGCAAGAACCAGUCGACUAUACUGAUUCCGAAGAGGAGAUUAAUCCUAACGAAGAAGGUGAUGAGAAGGAAAAAGAAACUUCAAAAAAGAGCGAGGAAAACGAAGAGGAGCCUGAUAGUAAAACCAGCAAUAUAAACACUAAGGAAAAUGUAAAUGACAUGGAAGAAGAGAAGAAACCAGAAGAAGAAAAAGAAAAAAAGGAAGAAAAGCAAGAAGAAACGUCCACUGAAAAGACCGAAUUGUGA